CGGAUUUUGCCAGCAGCAGCACGGCAGCGAUAAUCGGAGAUUAGACGCCGAAGAUAAUACGGAAUACGCGAGUGAGCGAGUGAAGAUGUCCCAGACCCUGGACGAUCUGCUGUUGCGCCAGGAGCACGCCCGGCAACUGCGCCAGGCCACGCGCUCCAAGUUCCGGCGCAUCAACUCGCUGGAUCUAAUACCGGAGCACCCCAGCCAAUCGGAGGAGGAGGAGGACAAGGAAUCCCAGACGGCACACAAGCACUUUGUUACCCUGAGACGACAGCGGACGGCUGAUGGCAAUCUGCUGAGGCAUCAGUUUCAGACGCAGUCGCCGCCACAACCCAAUCUGGGCACCCGAGUCCUGCUCUUCGGACCACAGCUGCUGAUGCGUCUGGUGCUGACCAUCUUGAGAUACGUCCUCUACAUACCACUGUCCAUUGCGGCGCCCAGCUUUUGGUUGUCCGCCCUGCUCUGGAUCUUUUGGAAACUGCUGCGGGUGCCCAUUGCGUUGGUCAAGUGGCUACUGAGCGGCGAGGAGGAGCUGGGUACAGUGCAGCGACAGAAGACCAUACUCCUCAGCUGCGGCAGCACCAUACAGACCCUACAUCUGGCACGGAAUUUCUACGGAUCCGGCGCCCGUGUGGUGGUCUUUGAGUUCGAAGGAUUGUUCGGAUUGGCCAGGUUUUCCACAGCGGUGGACAAAUUCUAUGUGGUGCCACGGCCAACGGCCAGCAAUCCGGAUCAGUACAUAGCCGCCCUGUGCCACAUAGUGAAGAAGGAACGACCCUCGGUCUAUAUACCCGUUUGUGCCACCAGUCCGGCAUACUAUGAUUCCCUGGCCCGACCACAUCUGGAGGUCCUGGGCUGUGCCAGUUUCAUACCCGGAGUUCAGGAGACACUGCAGCUGGAUGACUGCCUCCAGCUCUUUCAGAGAUGCGAGCAGCAACAGAUGGCUCUGCCAGCCCAUGUGGUGCUGACUGCUCCACGGCAAUUGCAGCAGAUCUACGAGAGCGGAUUCGUGGGCAGCUAUAGGAACAUACUCAUGGCCGCAGGGAUGCAGGGAGUCCUGGAGCGACACAAGUACAUACUGCCCAAUAGGCGGGCGGAACUGAAGCUAAAUCAGCACGAGAUCAGCGAGCGACAGCCGUGGCUGGUGGUGAGAGAUCAGCCAGGCUAUCACCACUAUGUGACCUGCACGACCGUCAAGGAUUCGCGGUUGGUGGCCAAUGUGAGCUGUCGGGUGGAGCAUCAUACCAAGAAUCUGAUCCCAGUGCCCAGGGACGAUGAGGCGCAGAUAGAACUCUGGUUGCGUUCCUUCUUCGCCAAGGUGCGCUUUCAGAGGCCCAUCAAUGGGCAUAUAAGCUUCCGCCUGGUCAAGAGCCCCGCUCAUGGUGGUCAGUUCGUGCCCCUGGGCACGCGACUGGGCGUGGCCCUGCCCUACAUAUGCCACAAUCGAUCGCAUGCCCAGUUGCUGUGCCGUGCGAUGAAGUGCAUCCACAGGCGGGGACUGCCCGAGGACGAACUGCCCAACUGGAGCUGGUCGGCGCUGGAGAGAAGCACCUCGACCACGGCGCUGGACAAGCGGGAGGCAUUGUUCGCCUACUGGGAUCCACUGCCCUAUUGUGCCUACUAUCAUUUCCAGCUGCCGCUGGAGAACGUGAAGCUGUUUUUGCAGCGCCGGAAUCGCAGCGCGACCAAAAGCUUAUCGCCACGCAUCACGGUACCGGUUCAUUGAACGGAGCGGCCGGAGCUGGAGCCACUGCAUCGCCUUUAAGCAUCGAACAGCAGCAUCUAGCCACUGGCAUCCAGCAUCAGGCGUUUCUUUAGCGAGAGAGAUUACACAGACUGAUCAAUAAUGGAAUAUAUAGAAAUCUAUAUAGCAUAUAUAUGUACAUAUAUAUAUAUAUAUAUAUAUAUAUAUUUGCAUUCUACACUAUUUCUUUUUUUUUGUUUACGCCAUUGGGGUUCAACAUCCAUCUAAGAAGAUUAGGCCGUUAAAAAACAAACGUGUACCGCUCACACACACACACCACACACACACAUGCACGAAUAUAGCUUUUAUACCACAAUAUAUUGUACAAUAAAUAAUAUUUAUAUUUUAA